CAGAAUUCCUCUGAGAGAGAAGACUGUAAUAAUGAUGAGCCCCCUAGGAAGAUCAUUCCCGAGAAGAAUUCACUUAGACAGACCUACAACAGCUGUGCCAGACUGUGCUUAAACCAGGAAACAGUAUGUCUAGGAAGCAGUGCUAUGAAGACUGAAAAUUGUGUGGCCAAAACAAAACUUGCCAAUGGCACUUCCAGUAUGAUUGUGCCCAAGCAAAGAAAACUCUCUGCAAGCUAUGAGAAGGAGAAGGAACUCUGCGUCAAGUAUUUUGAACAGUGGUCCGAGUCUGACCAGGUGGAGUUUGUGGAGCAUCUCAUCUCCCAGAUGUGUCACUACCAGCACGGACAUAUAAACUCAUACCUCAAACCCAUGUUGCAGCGGGACUUCAUCACUGCACUGCCAGCUCGGGGAUUGGAUCACAUUGCUGAGAACAUUCUGUCAUACCUGGAUGCCAAGUCAUUGUGUGCUGCUGAGCUGGUGUGCAAGGAGUGGUACCGGGUGACAUCAGAUGGCAUGCUGUGGAAGAAGCUCAUCGAGAGAAUGGUCAGGACAGAUUCCCUGUGGAGGGGGUUGUCAGAGAGGAGAGGAUGGGGGCAAUACCUAUUUAAAAAUAAACCUCCUGAUGGGACUGCACCACCCAACUCCUUCUACAGAGCACUUUAUCCCAAAAUUAUACAGGACAUAGAGACAAUAGAGUCAAACUGGCGGUGUGGGAGGCACAGUUUACAGAGGAUCCACUGCCGAAGUGAGACAAGCAAAGGGGUUUAUUGUUUACAGUAUGAUGAUCAGAAGAUAGUAAGUGGCCUACGAGACAAUACUAUCAAGAUCUGGGAUAAGAAUACAUUGGAAUGCAAGCGGAUUCUCACCGGACACACGGGUUCUGUCCUGUGCCUCCAGUACGAUGAACGAGUGAUCAUUACUGGAUCUUCAGACUCAACAGUCAGGGUGUGGGAUGUGAAUGCAGGCGAGAUGCUGAAUACGCUGAUUCACCACUGCGAAGCAGUACUGCACCUCCGCUUCAAUAACGGCAUGAUGGUGACAUGUUCCAAAGACCGUUCCAUUGCUGUGUGGGACAUGGCUUCACCAACAGACAUCACUCUGAGGAGAGUGUUAGUAGGGCACCGAGCUGCCGUCAAUGUAGUGGACUUUGAUGACAAGUACAUUGUAUCAGCAUCAGGUGACAGAACUAUAAAGGUAUGGAACACUAGUACCUGCGAAUUUGUGCGCACCUUAAAUGGCCACAAACGAGGCAUUGCAUGUCUGCAGUACAGAGACAGGCUAGUAGUGAGCGGCUCUUCAGAUAAUACUAUCAGGCUGUGGGAUAUCGAGUGUGGGGCAUGUUUACGAGUACUCGAGGGCCAUGAAGAGUUGGUGAGAUGCAUACGCUUUGAUAACAAGAGGAUAGUCAGUGGGGCAUAUGAUGGGAAAAUUAAAGUAUGGGAUCUUGUGGCUGCUUUGGACCCCCGUGCUCCGGCAGGGACUCUCUGCUUGCGAACCCUCGUGGAGCAUUCUGGAAGAGUCUUUCGACUUCAGUUUGACGAGUUCCAGAUCGUCAGCAGCUCACAUGAUGACACCAUCCUCAUCUGGGAUUUUCUGAAUGACCCAGCUGCGCAAGCAGAAUCUACUCGUUCCCCGUCCAGAACGUACACCUACAUCUCAAGAUAAAUAACACUACAUUGUACCUCACACUUGCACAGGUAAAAGAAAAUUUUAAAAAUAAAAU